AAGUGCAUGUGACAGGAAUUAUAAAUAGUUUACGUUUACGUGAGUAUUACUUCUGCAGUAACUUAUACGAACGAUAUCAUCAUAGUUACUAUAAAAUCUUUCGUUUAUGCGGAGGAAUUAUCAUAUCGUUCGUAAGUUACUACAGAAUUAAGUAACGCUUGCGUAAACGUAGUAAUAGGUUAGAUUACCGGUUUCUUACAAAAUUUUACAUAAAACGUGAGAUUCACUUAUGUAUGCAAGUUUAAAGCCUAUUGAGUUAAUAUGAAAUAAUUUUCCUAAAUGUAAAAAUAACACGAUGUUAUAUAUUCGGUUUGGCGUGAAUAUAUAUCGCACAAUAGCCGAGGUGAUUGAAGUUGUGUAUAAUGUCCCGAUUCAACGGCCCCUGUCCCUGUUUGAGAGUGUUAAUAAUGACAUUAAUAUCUCUCACACUGUCAAGCCAAAUUGGCUCUUCGUUCAGCUUCCGAUUCAUUCAUCAUUUCUCCUUUUGCAAAAUUUGGAAGACAGCAUGUUGUAUUGGUUGGUAUAACAAUGAAUUGCUGCCAGUUCCAGAUGUAUUGAACAAGGAUGAUUACGUAGCUGUAUAUUGGAGCAACAAAUGGAUUAGAGGAUGCAUUGAACGUCCAGAUCCAUCGGGAGAGAGAAUAAGCGUAGUACGAUUACUCGAUCACGGUGGUUACUGGCAGUUUAGUAAUUCGUAAGGCCAUUGAUGUAUAAUUAUUUGAGCCUACCCUUCCAAGCCAUCGAAAUCUUUUUAGCAAAUAUUCAACCAAAGAACGGUAAAUGGUCGACAGAACCUUACAAUGUGGCACAAAAUUGUUCCUCAAAGGGAGUUACUGCUCAAGCUCAGAUUGAAGGUCGCAUUCAAACUAAUAUUUAUGCAAAUAUUUAUUUUAUGAUACAAAAUUAUGGGCUAAUUUCCGUUACUGAAGAACUGGUAAUAAACGGACAUGCUGAACAAGUAGCAUGGGACCAGAUGAAGCUAGAAACACUUGAAUUCAUCCGUACAUAAGAGUUGUCAAGAAACUCUACAAUUUUCACGCAUAAUCCACGAUUCUUAGUCAGUAUGGACUAGAGUUUAAUACAAUCGCCAUUGAUAAUCCCCUUUAAUCGCGUCAAAAUUGAUUAUUUCGCUUUUUUACUUCAUUUUUUACUUCAUGUUGUAAAAUAGUUUUCCGAUUGUGUAGAAUAUUUAUAUUUAGAA